UUGACUAGUAGGAACUAAGGCGUGUGCUGUUUCUACUCGAGCAGAAAACACGUGAGCACUGUCCGUCAGUCUGACUUGUGAAGAGUACAGUAGCUAGCUACUGAGCUGUGGUAUGACAGCAUGUACUCGAAUAAGUUUGGCCGCCUCGUGUUAGGGCUGCACAGCCGCAAACAGGCGGCUGUCUGCGGUGUGGUCCAGAGCGCUGCCGGGCGGAGCGGGUUCAGCUGGACUGCCGUGUGUGAACAGCGGACACUGCGGCUGCAGAGGGGCGCCUGUCUGAAGAGCCAGCAACACACCAUGAACCGACCCAUCAGUGCUCGGUCAGCCUCCCAAACCACAGUGGACCCCGAUGAGGUGAGGAGGUUCCAGUCACUGGCCACCAAGUGGUGGGAUGAACAGGGAGAAUUUGCAGCUCUUCAUGCCAUGAAUGACUUGAGAGUGCCUUUUAUACGGGAUAAUCUGCUUUGUGUGCACGGAGCGUAUCAUCCUGGGAAACCACUUGCAGGACUCCGAAUACUGGAUGUCGGCUGUGGAGGAGGCCUGCUCACAGAGCCCCUGGGUCGCCUGGGAGCAAAUGUGUUGGGUAUAGAUCCAGUAGAACACAGCAUCGGCACAGCCCAGCUGCAUUCGUCCUAUGACCCGGACCUUCAUGACCAGGUCUGCUACCGGGCCUGCACUCUGGAGGAGCUGUCUGCAGAAGAGGAGGAGCGGGGGGCGGGCCAGUUCGAUGCUGUUGUAGCGUCCGAGGUAGUGGAACAUCUGGCUGACCUGGAAACAUUCGCCUUCUGCUGUAGCCUUGUGCUGAAGCCAGGCGGCUCACUCUUCAUCACUACUAUUAAUAAAACCAAACUGUCGUACGCGUUGGGUAUUGUUGUAGCCGAGCAGCUGCUACGCAUCGUUCCCAGAGGGACGCACGACUGGGAAAAGUUCAUCAGCCCAGUGGAGCUGGAACGCCUCCUGGAGUCCAAUGGUUUCUCAGUGCAGUCUGUCCAGGGAAUGCUGUACAACCCAGUAUCAGGAGCCUGGAGCUGGACUGACAGCACUGCCAUUAACUACGCCCUCCAUGCUGUCAAGCUGAGAGAUGAUCCCCAGCCAGACCACGCUGAGGAAAGCAGCUCCCACCCAGAGGAUCAUACUGCUGCCUCACACAGCUGAGCCAAACAACUGGAGAACAAGUCAAAAAACAAACAAAAGUCCAUUCAGAUGUGUGAAGUCCUAACUUCCCUGUGGCCGGCUGUGAUGCAACAUAUAAGACUAAGUUAAUUACAUGAAAGGGACAAACAGCCUUGAGAUAGAAUUGGAGAUGUAUUGUAGCUGCCGAUUUGCACUAUAUAUAUAUAUAAAAAUAGUGUGACGCUGUUGGUUUUCUGUCAGCUUUUGCUUUACUGUGAACCAGCCAAGUGUUUAGCAUUUGAAAAGCGAUACAAAUCAACUGUACAUCCUGUAAUAAUAUCAUUCACUAGCAGAGCUAAAGAACCACACAGCUUCAGAAUGUUUGCUUUUAUCAUUUUCGGUAUAAACUGUACUGAAUCAGCUUUAUAUUUUAGGUUGAGUAUUUUGUGAUUUGCCAAAUCCUCUAUUAAAAUGGUCCUUUAAGCAGCAGCAUUUGUGAAGAGUGAAAGUA